AAAUAAAAUGGGGAGCAACAUUGAGGAUAACCAAGAUGAUGUUCCUAUGGAGCUACAACUCAAGGGAAAGAAGGCUUCGAGCCAGAAGUUGAAACGACAUGACUCCUUAGAUGUCGAAGCUAGCAAGAUGCCCAAUGCCAAACAGGUAGUGGGAUUGUCUGUGCUACUAAAACUUGCAUUCCAGAGCAUAGGAGUGGUGUAUGGAGAUAUUGGAACAUCACCAUUGUACGUGUUUUCAUCCAUCUUUCUUGAAGGAGUAAAACACGAAGAUGAUAUACUUGGUGCUCUAUCUCUCAUCUUGUAUACGAUCACCUUGAUCCCUGUCAUCAAGUACGUAUUCAUCGUUCUCCAAGCUAAUGACAACGGAGAUGGUGGUACGUUCGCCUUAUAUUCAUUGAUAUGCCGAUAUUCCAAGGUGGGAUUAAUUCCGAGUACAAUGGCAGAAGACAGCGAUGUGUCGACUUUUAAACUUGAUAUUCCUGAUACACGUACACGUCGGGCAUCACACCUUAAGUCGAUGCUAGAAAACAGCCAAUUCGCGAAGUUCUUUCUGCUAAUUGCAACAAUGCUUGGUACUUCCAUGGUUAUUGGUGAUGGUGUCCUAACGCCCUGUAUUUCAGUUUUGUCUGCAAUUGGAGGAGUUAAAGCAGCUGCUCCAGAAGCCAUGACUGAAGGCAGGAUUGUUUGGCUUGCAGUAGCCAUCUUGAUAGUUCUGUUCAUGUUUCAAAGAUUUGGAACUGAAAAAGUUGGUUACACAUUUGCACCUAUACUUUGUUUAUGGUUUGUAUUGAUUGCUGGUAUUGGAGUUUACAACUUCGUGAUCUAUGAUAUAGCUAUUUUCCGAGCUCUUAAUCCUAUGUACAUCGUAUCCUAUUUCCAAAGAAAUGGAAAAGACGCUUGGAUUUCCCUUGGCGGAGUUGUUAUGUGCAUAACAGGAGCUGAGGCACUAUUUGCUGAUGUUGGUCAUUUUAGUGUUCGAUCUAUUCAGAUAAGUAUGUGCUUUGUCACAUACCCGGCUCUCAUAUUAGCAUAUCUCGGUCAAGGUGCCUAUUUAAUGAAAAAUGCCGAUGAUGUUGCUAAUACUUUCUACGCGUCCAUACCAAAGACUAUAUAUUGGCCAAUGUUUGUCAUAGCUGUAUUAGCAGCCAUCAUUGCAAGUCAAGCUUUGAUUUCCGGGACAUUCGCUAUAAUCCAGCAAUCUCUGGCGUUAGGAUGCUUUCCUCGUGUUAAAAUCGUGCAUACAUCAAAGAAGCAUCAUGGACAAAUCUAUAUUCCUGAAAUCAAUAACCUUCUCAUGAUCGCUUGUGUUCUUACCACUAUUGGAUUCAAGACUACUGAAAAGCUUGGCAAUGCUUAUGGAAUAGCAGUGGUGUUUGUGAUGUUCCUAACAUCAUGCUUCCUCGUACUAGUCAUGAUCUUGAUAUGGAAAACUAACAUUCUUCUUAUUAUCGCCUAUGUUCUAAUCAUUGGUUCGGUUGAGCUUGUAUACCUAAGCUCAGUCCUUUACAAGUUCGAACAAGGUGGUUACCUUCCUCUGGCUCUUGCUAUGUUCCUAAUGUUUGUCAUGUACGUAUGGAACUAUGUGUACCGUAAGAAGUAUCACUACGAGCUAGAACACAAGAUCUCUCCCGAAAAAGUUAAAGAAACAAUGGAUGCAACUAGUUCACAUCGCCUUCCAGGUCUUGCCAUUUUCUACUCUGAACUAGUACACGGAAUCCCACCAAUCUUCAAGCAUUAUGUUGAGAAUGUACCUGCUUUACACUCUGUCCUCGUGUUCGCUUCUGUCAAAUCACUUCCCAUAAGCAAAGUGCCACUAGAAGAAAGGUUCCUCUUCAGAAGGGUGAAACCAUAUGAUCUCUACGUGUUCCGUUGUGUGGUACGUUAUGGAUACAAUGAUAUGCGCAAUGAGGAAGAGCCAAUUGAGAAGUUAUUGGUAGAAAGGCUAAAGAACUUCAUCAAGGAAGAUUACAUGUUCUCAAUUGCAGCAAAUGGAGGCAAUCAAGGAGAGACUGCUUCCUUAAUUGAGAAAGACGUCGAAGUACUUGAGAGAGCUUCUAACAUGGGAGUGGUUCAUUUGGUUGGAGAACAAGACGUUGUCGCGUGCAAGGGGUCUGGUGUAGCAAAAAGAAUGGUGAUCAAUUAUGCAUACAAUUUCCUCAAGAGGAACUUAAGAGAGAGUAGUAACAAAGUAUUCGAUAUCCCAACGAAACGCAUGCUGAAAGUUGGAAUGACAUGUGAGCUUUAGGAUGAUUUUUUUCUAAAAAAAAGUUAAAGGUUUGAAAUAAAUGUGCAUUCAGUUGAAGGAGAACAAGGAAUGGCACCAUACAUGUUUCAACUUCCAUCAUCAAAAGGUGCUUGCACAAGAAAAAAUAAUGUUUUUGUUAAUUUCUUAGUUUUUAAUUUGUUUGUUUGUUUGGAUUUUGUAUGGGAUAAGCUAAGAUAAGCUAAGUACUUAUGAGAUUUUGUAAGAGAAUAAGCUAAGUAUUUGUAUUUUGUUUUUUCUUGUUUCAAAGAAAAGAGAAGAUCAAGAUAUGUCUAGAUAAGAAAACAACAUAGGUGUAGUUGUUUUUGGCUAGCAAAACAUUUUUGUUAUUAUCUUGUACUAUCUUGUAAACGUUUGUCCGUUUCUAUAUGAUAAUUAAUCUAAGAAUAAAUCGUUUAUAGAAA